GGACAAUGAUCAAUGGCAAGGAACUCUGCGCAUUGCCCUCGUUGGCUCGGCCCUCUGCAGCACGAGUUGACGGAGUCAUGCGCGACAUUUCGCCGAGCGAGGAUUAUUAUGGUAGUGCAAGCUCAGCUGGACUUUUUUUUGGCUCGCCGGGUUCUGUUUGGUACCCUUGCGGACUGAGAAUUGGAAAGGAACCGGAGUAUUGGUGGAUAUGGCGGAUCUUGUGUGUCCUUGGUAUACUAUAUAGUUCUCGAGUCUGUACAAGCAAAGACAUACAAGAGAGGUGACACGAGAGUGGCCUCCAACCUCAUCCGCUGCUGAUGCGUCUAGCAUGAAGCAAUCGAUUUGUACCAUGUAGCGAAUGCAAUCUUAUAUCCUCAGCCUUCCCCAGUUCCUCCAUCUAUGGAUUUCUCCAAUUUGCUACGAAUGUCAGAUAUCAGUCAGUAAGCAGCAAAGGCACGGGAAUGGCGAACCUACCAACCUAAGAGGCAUUUCAAACCGCCUUUAGCUCUUGCCACUGCAAGUCGGACACGGGAUACCCUUGACAACAUUGUUGCCACGACAAGUUUCGCAAGGCACGUCCAUGGUACAGCGCCAGAUGUAUAAACUGUGGGUUGUGGAAUGGCGUUAGUAUAGAUAAAUAAACGAAGGAAGUUGAAC